AUGAUUCCAAAUAUACGCUACAUCGGGAAUUAUGACAUAAAUGCUGAAGGAAAAUUUCUUUGGGAGAUCCUUUGUCAGUUGCGAAAUCUUGGAAUUGGAAGGAUUGUAACAAAGAAUGAAUGGGCGAGAAAAUGGCCGAAACAACCAUCUUACCUAAAAAUUGUUCAGGCUUGUCCAAGUAUGGAUCGUUGGUUACUUCGGGGAAAACUUUGGGCAGAUUGGACUUUUAGAGGCAUUAAUUUAGGUUUGUAUGAGUUUAGUGCCGACUUGGCACGCUCAGAUUGGCGUUUAAUUCACAAGCACGAGGAAGAUGAAUUCAUGAAGUGUGACAGUCCUAUGAAACCAAUCGAGUAUCCGAAGACGAUGCCACUUCCUCCGUAUCUUCGAGCUGUAUGUGAAAACGGUGAUGUAGUAAGGAUGGAGGAAAAACGGAUAGAUUUGGAUUUAUGUUUGGACCCUCAAUUUGGCAUGAUUAAACACCUUUUCAAGAAGGUUGAAACGGUACAUGGAAAUUCUAUUUAUGAUGAAACAAGACCAGAAAUUUGGUUAGAUUUAUAUGGUGAUGAAAUGCCAACAAAAGUGGAGGCAUGGACUGUUGGUCCGGCAGAGUUACGGCCCCAUUUUGACAAUUCUGUUCCGACGCCUUGUCCUCCAGAGUUGGAUAACAUGUCAUUGCCUGAAUUUAAAUUCGAUUUCUCAGAAUUAGAAAGUAUUAAGGAUGUUGCAGAUAGCGAAAAUUCGGAUAAGAUUAAAUAUUCGUAA